CCAUGUCACACACAAGACUAUCUUGUGAUUUAAUUGGGAGGGUGGAGCAUCGCUUCUCUGCUGAGUUACAGUGUAUAAAGCAGUCAGCAAUCCUCUUCAGUACCAGAUUCUCAGCCCCAGCUGGUGAAUUCCUUACAGAGGUAAGCUGUCCCGAACGUAUUCUAUCUGCUUUGUCUUUCUUCGGCUGUGUCUGUUACUAGGGACAAUAAAAACAUAGUAGCUGAUCUCUUGAAUGCUUUAAAAUAAAUAUUUUGUUUUUUUAGUAUUUUCUAAAACAGGGGUGCCCAAAAGGUAGAUUCCCCCAAGAUGUAUUUAAACUAAAGCUUCCAUGACGCUUUGACAUUCUAAAAGCAUGCAAAGCAUCAUGGGAGUUGUAAUUCUACCACAUCUGGGGAUCUAUCUUUUGGGCACCCCUGUUCUAAACUCUAGCAGAUGAGGGAAGAGACUAUAUACAACUGGCUACAAAAUAUCUGGCAUACUAUUGUAUGUGUUUAUUAGCAGUGAAGUAAAGCAAAAAAAAUAAAAAUAAAAAUAUAUAUAUAUAUUUAAAACAUUUUUACUUUUUGUUGUUGUUGCUAAAACGUUGUUAAAAAGAACAGAAAAUAAAGAUGAAAGUAAGCAUGUAAAUCAUACGUCUGGUGGAAUACAGCAAAUGUAACAAGCUAUUAGAUUCGAUUCUGUAUUUGUGAUUAGAUUUUUUUGUACCAUUGAAGUGCGUUCGGAUUAUACAGAGAAUCCUUUUAAUAAACGACUGUUCAAGGCUGCAUCUUUUCACAAACUCAUCUAUAAUGAUAACUGCAGGGUGUGGUUUAUUGAUUCCAUUAUCCAUGUUAUUGUUUGUCUGCCCUUGGUACCCUUGAUAAAGGCAGCCAGUUGGUGCCAAAAUGUUGGGGGGUUUGGUGACUCGUGUUUCUGUCUUGAGUCUUCUAAGAAUUUUUAUGGUAAUUUAUUAUUAUUUUAUUGUAUUUGCCCUUGCUUCUGUCACUUUGUUUAUUUUUUUUAUUUUUUCUUAUAGGUUUUCACUCUGGUACUUUUUUGUACUUAAUAAAGCUAAGUUUUUUUGAGAUUGUUAUAGUGUGCAUUCUAUAUACAUUUGAAUAUUUAAAGCACUUGAGGGAGUGUUUAUAUGGUUUGCAUCUGGCUGUUCUUAUACUAUUUUGUCUCUCCAUGUGCUGUUGUUUUGAGAAUUGUUUGCCUGCCCACCUCAGGGGGAGCACUAAACUUCAAUAAGGGAUGUACAGCACGGAAAUACAUUAUUAUUAUCGCCAUUUAUAUAACGCCAACAGAUUCCAUAGCGCUUUCCAAUAUUAUAAGAGGGGGGAUUUAACUAUAAAUAGGACAAUUACAAGAAAACUUACAGGAAAGAUAGGUUGAAGAGGACCCUGCUCAAACGAGCUUACAGUCUAUAAAUAUUACAUUGACAAAUUCUAGCAUUUUUCUUAAUAACCAUGCAUUGCGGGGGGAGGGGGAGGGGCGAGGGGAGGGUGUAGGUCUGUUCACUAAACAGUGACUUGUGAAUUAUCUUGCAAAUUAAAGUCGUUUUGGAAAAUAUUGCUGCAGCCUGGGGAUUAUUGCCAUAAUGUUGACAUGGUGCCUUUUCUAACUCAUCUCAGUUUAUAGGGAUACAUUUUUUUUUGCAAAAGCUCUAUAUAUACUAUUAUUACAAAAUUAAAUAUAAAAUCUUUCCAAUACAUGAAUAUCUAGCUGCUACCACACUGUAUGUGCAAUGCUCCCCAAAGCACACAUAAAUGGUACAAAUCAAUAAUAAAACACAGCAGAGUGCUAUUUUACCCUUAAAUAGUAAUUGUGAUCUAAAAAACAAACACUUCGCUUUUAGUUUGUAACCCGUCAUCUCAGCUUAGUUUACCCAUGAAGUUAAAAUGUUGAACUUACUUUCUCAGAAACGACACCAGCAUGUAACAAUACUACUUACAUGGUGCAAUGUCCACGUACAGUAAGCAGAAUUACCUGGAUAAAAUCAGGCAUCUUUAUUAUACCCGACAUUGCAGUCUCCAAUUGCAAAUUAUGGAGAAGUCCUUAAAUGUGUAAAGAGACCCUCUUCUCCUGCUUCCCAUAACUCCUGUAAUGCAGCUCUGUACAUUUGAGCUCAGUAUGAUUUUGUACAGUGAAAGAAUGACAUUCAAAGUCCUAUAGCAUAUUACCUAGGGACUCAAUUAAACUCGGACAAAGAUUUAAUUCUAGGCCAAGCCCUUGAAUACAUGUGUUUUUCAGUAGGGAUUGUUUAAUAUAUUUUUUUUUUUUUCUAAAUUUUAAAUUGUCUUAUUCUCUGAAUGUCUUUAAAUGUUCUAUCAUGUCUCCUUUCAACUAAAAAUUUAUAAUAACAUUCUUUACUUGAAAGGGUUUACAGCGUCUAUAACGCAAGUAAUAAGCAUCACGCAGAGACAUUUCAAUCACAGGACUUCUAAUAAAAAUGCAAUCAGACCUAAAGAAAAGCUGUUAAAAACAUGGAGAAGAAGCCCGGACUACAUAAGGGACUGCAAAAAAAAUUUGUGAGGUAUUUGCAUGGCAAAAAAUCUGAUGGGAGCUCUGCAGACAAAGCAGACAAAAACAGAGAAAUUACAGGUAACUGGAGAAAAUAUUGAUAAUGCUUUAAUAACAAAUGUGUAUAAAGUUUAUUUAGUGUAUUAGAGGACAUUCUGCAUAUUUCAGUUCAGCAAGCUUGUCUUUAUUUCCUUUUGGCACAGUGAGCAUUCAGCAUCAUUCAAAAAACACAUUCCUUUCCCGGAAUCCUGGAUGCUAAUCCUCAAAACACAGAUUCCGAUUGGCUGCUAAGUUCACAUGCUCUAUGCCAGGCUUCUCCAAACCCCGGGCCCUCCAGAUGUUGCUGGACUACAACUCACAUGAUUCUCAGCCUAUUUCAUUCAUAGAAUCAUGGGAGUUAUAGUUUAGCAACAUCUGGAGGGACAGAGUUUGAGGAAGCCUGCUCUAUGCAAACCUUUUGUUUAAAGGGACACUAUAGUCACCUGAACAACUUUAGCUUAAUGAAGCAGUUUUGGUGUAUAGAACAUGCCCCUGCAGUCUCACUGCUCAAUCCUCUGCCAUUUAGGAGUUAAAUCCCUUUGUUUAUGAACCCUAGUUACACCUUCCUGCAUGUGACUUGCGCAGCCUUCCAUAAACACUUCCUGUAAAGAGAGCCCUAUUUAGGCUUUCUUUAUUGCAAGUUCUGUUUAAUUAAGAUUUUCUUAUCCCCUGCUAUGUUAAUAGCUUGCUAGACCCUGCAAGAGCCUCCUGUAUGUGAUUAAAGUUCAAUUUAGAGAUUGAGAUACAAUUAUUUAAGGUAAAUUACAUCUGUUUGAAAGUGAAACCAGUUUUUUUUUUCAUGCAGGCUCUGUCAAUCAUAGCCAGGGGAGGUGGGGCUAGGGCUGCAUAAACAGAAACAAAGUGAUUUAACUCCUAGAUGACAGUGAAUUGAGCAGUGAAAUUUAAGGGGAAUGAUCUAUACACUAAAACUGCUUUAUUUAGCUAAAGUAAUUUAGGUGACUAUACUGUUCCUUUAGGGAAAUAUAGGGGAAAUCCCAAUGGCCACCUCCUCUGAGGAGGAGAUCUUCAAACAGCAAAUGCAGUUUAAAGGACCACUCUAGGCACCCAGACCACUUCAGCUUAAUGAAGUGGUCUGGGUGCCAGGUCCUCCUAGGGUUAACCCAUUUUUUCAUAAUUAUAGCAGUUUCAGAGAAACUGCUUUAAUUAUGAAUGGGUUAAGCCUUCCCCCUAAUCCUCUAGUGGCUGUCUCAUUGACAGCCACUAGAGGCGCUUGCGUGCGUCUCACUGUGAAAAUCACAGUGAGAGCACGCCAGCGUCCAUAGGAAAACAUUGUAAAUGCUUUCCUGUGAGACCGGCUGAAUGCGCGCGCAGCUCUUGCCGCGCGUGCGCAUUCAGCCGGCGGGGCAUAACGGAGGCGGAGAGGAGGAGGAGAACUCUCCGCCCAGCGCUGGAAAAAGGUAAGUUUUUACCCCUUUCCUCCUUCCAGAGCCGGGCGGGAGGAGGUCCCUGAGGGUGGGGGCACCCUCAGGGCACUAUAGUGCCAGGAAAACGAGUAUGUUUUCCUGGCACUAUAGUGGUCCUUUAAAUUGCUAUAAUUAUUAUUUUAAGAUGGAUAGAAUGUUACAUUAUGCAAAUAAAAUCUUAUUGGUAUCACUGUAAGAUACUAAUGCAAAGCUUGUAAACUUUAAAUUUUCCAAACAUGAACAGAUGUUUAUUUAGUGUUAAUAUGAGCAUUAAAGGAACACUAAGCAUCGAAACAACUUUAGAUUUAAGGGACACUACAAAAGUGUCAUUCCUGACCCUAUAGUGUUAAAACAUAUUACAGGUGCUUCCUGAGAAUGAUUGUGAGCAAUCAGGUAUUGUAAUCAUGUACCAAGAUGAACAUGAUGCUAUCUUGAUUAUCUUAUAUAUUUACCAGUUGCGAAUAUUGAAGAACAUAUUCUUCAGAAACGAUUCAUGAAAGCCAGUCAAGAUCUGAUUGCUUUAGAACAUAAGAUCGUUGGCAAAACGGAUGAAGAAGGACUUGAAGAAAAAAAGCAAGAGAUAGAAUGCUUGUAUGAGAGGCUGGGUGACGAGGUUUUUAAAGUCGUGAAGGUAUCGAUUGUAGAAGACGAUGCAUGUUUGUUGGCAGACGCUGUGCAGGCCAUUGUGGAACAAGAAGCAGAAGACACUGCUUUUAGCUUGGAGGCCACCACUGAGCAAUCCAACACUGUUCGACCAAGAAAAUGGAAGCAGAAAUGGCUUGACUGUGUCGAACAAUCAGUGAGAGAACAGAUAAAAAAUAUAACAGAAAUUCCAUCCACUGACUCCACUUCCCCAUUCUCCAAGAAUUUUGUAAGUCUAGGCAAGACCUUAAAAACAGAUCUAACGCAUGUGGUUCAACAUCUCAAACCACUUUACCCGGCAGAACUCGAUGUGUGUAAUACCUACGCAAACUAUUAUCACGUUCAUUUAAAAUCCUACAUUGAACGUAUUACGGCAAAGGAACUCAAUGGCAAAGAUAUACAUUUUGUUUUAUGUUGGAUACAUGAUAUAUACCCAAAGUAAGUAAAUCAGAUGACAUAUUUCUUAUUUGUUAGUAAUGCUCUGAACAAUUAGGAUUGCCUUCAAAAUUCACAUUUUCAAUUGGAAUACAUUUUAUACGAGUUAUAUUUCCACUUGUACCAGCACAUCUAAAUUAUGUCAGUGACGAUAAGCCACUGAUUGGCAAUACUUGUGUAGGCUUUUUAAAAAUGUGUUAUGUUUAUAAUCUAUUAAAACAAUGUAUUAAAAGGGACAUUUUAGUCACCAGAACAACUACAGUUGAUUGCAUUUUUUCUGGUGAGUAGAAUCAUUUCCUUCAGGCUUUUUGCUGUAAACACGGCCUUUUCAGAGAAAAGGCAGUGUUUACAUUACAGCCUAGUGAUGACUCAACUGGCCACUCCUCAGAUAGCUGCUAGAGGUGCUUCCUGGGGCAGUGCUGCACAGUGUGACUGGCAUUCAGUGUUUCCACCAUCUGCAUGCAGACACUGAACGUUCCUCAAAUAGAUGCAUUAAUUCAAUACAUCUCUAUGAGGAGAUGCUGAUUGGCCAGGGCUGUGUUUGGCUUGUGCUGGCUCUGCCCCUGAUCUGGGGAAGCAUUGUGAUUGGCUCAGAGAAUCACUUCUGAUGAUGUCAGUUAAGCAGUCAGAUCAGAGGCAGCAGCUGCAGACUUAAGUACAAGUAAAAGUGUAUUAUAUUUAGGGAGGCAAAGGGGAUGCAGGGGGGCUUGAUGGUGGUUUUAACACUAUAGAGUCAGGAAUAUCUGUUUGUGUUCAUGACCCUAUGCUGUUUCUUUAACAAACUAGAGAGGUGAAGCAAAUUCUUAAAUAACUAGUUUGUUUUUCUCAUUCCUCCAAAUGAAGCACUUUGCACAAAAAUUACUCUGUCCCCCACCCCCCUAUGUCUGUAAACCAUUCGAUAGACAAGAAGAGCAAUAUUGAAUUUUAAAACAGAAGCCUUUUAAUUCUGACCAUUGCAUGAAGUCUGACAAAUCAGUUGAACUGUUCCAUUUAUAUUCGUGCUAAAGGACUUGCAUUAUGAGCCAAUGUGACGAAUUCAUUGAUAUUUAUUCUCUGGCAAGCACACUAUUAAACAUUAGCACCAUGACUUUAUUGCAUAACAGAUGUCUGUUCAUUUAACUUCCCUUUAUUCUAAUGUAACAUUUUAAAUUGUUUCUGUCAUUCCUCUGGCACUUGAAUGGUUAAUAAAAACCCACAAGAAGCGGGGGUUAAGUGGUUGAAAUUGUUCCCUGUAAUUGUACUUCUCUUCAGUCUUUCAAAACAUCUGUAUCAAGAAAGCUAUAAUUUCUAGACAGACACUAUUUUUACAGCAGUAUUUUGAAAGAUCCAGCUUUGAAUGGACUUAUAGAAGCAACAAAAUUGGGAAGCAUUUUGCCACCAGACAGGAUGGAAGAGUUGGAAAACAAGUAUAUCUUCCACGAAGUGGUAAGUAAUUUAUUUUACAAAAUCUAGUUAAAAUGCCUCUACGAACCCAUUACAGUUUUUUGUUUUGUAAGGUUGAUUUGAUUAAUCUUUAAAGGGACAAGAUAAUAGUCAGAAUGACACUCAAAGCAUCCAGACCACUUCUGCCCAUUGGCGUGGUCUGGGUGCCAACUCCCAUCAUCCAUAAUCCUGCAAAUGUAAUUAGUGCAGUUUUUAUAAACUGCAAUAAUUACCUUGCAGGGUUAAGUCCUCCUCUAGUCGCUGUCUACCAGACAGCCACUAGAGGGACUUUCUUGUUCUGUGCAUGAGGACCUCCAGCGUCGCCGAAAUCCCCAUAGGAAAUAAUGCUUUCUUAUGGGGAGGUCUAAUGCGCAUAAGCGUGGGCGCUGGAUUCAGGUAAGUCACUGAAGGGGUUUUAACUCCUUAAGCAACAUGGGAUGGGGGGUGGGAGGGAAGGGGCACUGCAGUGCCAGGAAAAUUGAUUUAUUUUUCUGGCACUGGAGAGUCUCUUUAAUGUAGUUGUUCUGGUGAGUAUAAUGAGUCCCUUGAAGCUUUUUAAUGUAAACAUUGCCUUUUCAUAGUGUUUACAUUGCUACCACAAAACACCUCCAGGGACAGUUACUCAGACGGCCGCUAGAAAUGCUGAACUUUCCCCAUAGAGACACAUUGAUUCAAUGCAUGUCUAUGAGGGGGUGCUGAUUGCUCAUGGCAGUGUCUGACUUCGCCCUCUGCCUUGCCUCCUUGGCUGAGAUAAUCAGAACCGACGAGCUCAACCAAUCCAAUGCUUUCCUCUGGGAAAGCAUUGUGAUUGGUGGGAUCAUCAAUUCUUAUGAUGUCAGCCAAGGAGGUAAAUCGGAGGCGGAGUCAUUGCCAGUGGACCUGCGCGGUGCUGGGAAUAUGGCGAGUUUUUACUAUAUUAAGAAGGCAAGGGGGUGUUAUAUAGUGAUUUUAACACUAUAGGGUCACUAGUAAAUCUAUUUAAACCUUUCCUAAUUACCUAAUGAAUUAAUAGAUUUAAAGAUCCUUGUUGCCUCCUAUAUUUCAUUAUCCCAUGCAUAUCUUAACAUUGCAUGGAUUAUAUCUUAACAUUGCAUUAUUUAAGACCGAAUUGUGUUUACCUACAAUUACACAUGAAGAAGAAAAUACUGUGUGAUAUUCUACUAAUGUCCAGGAAUAAAACGAACAUUAUUGAUUCUUAAAUUAUCUUCCUGUUUUCUUUAACUCCACAAAAGCAAUCUAUAAAGGAAUGGAUGGACAAAAGCUUAAAGAUGGAAAUUCAGCGUUGGAAGGACGGGAUGAAACCAUUAAAAUUGGGCAAUUAUUACCAUUCUGAGUUACAUAUUGACAUUAUUCAGGUACGAGAAGGGUCUCGUUCGUGUUUUAAUGUCAAUGUAUUUAUUUUUUCCUAAUUGAACACAUUUCCUGUUGUGCAGAGUUACAACGGAGGAAUCCAGAGAGCAGAGGAAAUAGGUCCAAAGAUGUCACAGGACCUGUCACCUUUCUUGGAAAACGUGCUGAAGGACAUUCUGAUGAGGUACUACUGUUAAGGUCACGUUUAUAGUCAAAGUUACAAUUAGUAUAUGAUUAAAUGGGAUUUCAGUUUAAAUAUAUGUAGAUCUAUGAUUUUGUAAACCAAAAAAAAAUUUUUUAAAAAAUCAAGGAACCAAGUUAUGUAAUAAUAAUUUGCUAUUUUUAUGGCGCUUUUCUCCCUUUGAGACUUAAAGCACUUUACAAAUAUACAAACAUAAAUACAUAAAAGUUAGGAGUUUCUGAUGGGCAGAUGAGCAGUCUUUAGCCUUUUUUUUUUAAAGUCUGUAAGGAUGAGGUCUCUCUGAUUGGGCACGUUAACGAGUUCCAGAAGGUAGGGGCAGCAUGGCUGAAUGCCCUGGAACCUGAGUCUGUCUUUAUUCUUGGCACUGACCGGAAGGAUUUGCUGGCUGACCGAAGUAAAAACGGGAUGGAAUGUAGGGUGCCAGGAGCUAUAUUAGGUACAUUAGCCUUGAUUGUUUAAGACUUUGAAGGUCAAUUUUAAAAUAUGUUUGCCAUUUAAUUGGAAGCCAAUGCAGGGAGUGGAGAACAGGUGUUAUGUGGCAGGAGCGAGUUUGAUUGUCCAGUAGUCUGGCUGCUGCAGGCGAUGGAGUUCUUUUUCUGGGAGGUCCAAGUAAAAUACAUUACAGUAACCUACCCAAGAGGAUACAAAUGCAUGGAUUAAUGUUGGCAUAUUACCCAGUGGAAUUAAGUGUUGUAUCCUGGCUAUGUUUUUCAGUUGAAAGUAGGCAGAUUUUAUUACGGAGGAAAUCUGCUGUUUAAAUGAUAGUCCAGAGUCAAUCAACACUCUGAGGUUUCGUACCUCUGAUGAACUAAUGAGUUCAGAACCUCCAAGCCUGUUGGGUGAUCAUGGGAUAUUUUUUUUGUCCGUGGUCCCCUCACCAAGAGUAACUCUGUUUUGUCUGGGUUCACUUUUAGCCAACUAGCAUUCAUCCAUUCUGUGAGGUCUGCUAAGCAACUGUUGAUGCGGCAUGUUGGGUCUGGAGUAUCUGGAGCAAAGGAGAAGUAGAGUUGUGUGUCAUCAGCAUAGCAAUGACACCUUAGGCCAUGUCACCUGAUGGUGUCCCCCAGUGGUAGCAAGUAAAUUGCGAAUGGCGUGGGAGACAAGAUGCAUUCUUGUGGAACUCCGCAGGCCGAUGAGCUUGAUCCUGAUGUUGACUAGCGCUGUUUCCGUGUUGUGGCGGCAUCUGAAACCUGACUGGAAAGGAUCAAAGAUGUUCAAGCUUGAUAGAUGGACCUCCAUUUCAGUUGCCUCUACUUUUUCAAUUAUUUUCCCCAGAAAUGGAAGGUUGGAUACUAGUCUAUAAUUAGCCAUGCAGUCUGGGUCUAAUAAAACAUUUUUGGGGGGAGGAAUUUUACCUCAGCUUGUUUUAGAGGAUCUGAUAUGUCUCCAGUUUUUAGUGAAUAAUCACGGCUGCCAUCAGGGGGUGACAACCAUGAUGGUUGUCACGGGCCCGGUGGUCCUGGGGGGCCCGGACUGCUCUGGCAGUCCCGGGCCCCACUUUUCCUUUCUGCACACAUAGAUAGCGAAUAUCGCUAUGUGUGCAGCCGUGGCCCCCCAGCUCCCUGUUACCGUAGAGGGGGCCCAGCACACUGCCUCUACUCUUCUCUCUUCUAAGAACUCUUGUGAGACCCACGGCAUUCUGAGCCUUGCCAUGGCAACGCUCCGCGCGGCAGACAGGCCACGGGUCUCACGAGAGUUCUUAAAAGAGAGAAGAGAAGAUAGAGGCAGUCUGCUGGGCCCCCUCUGCAGUAACAGGGAGCCGGGGGGUCCCCACCCAGUAACAGGGAGCCGGGGGGCCCCCCAUGCCACCGGACCACUAGGGAUGGAAUCUCCCCCCUCUCUGGACACAGGUAAGCAGGGAGGGGGGAAUAACAUUUAAUCAAAUUUAAUAGAAAAUUAGAAAAUUACUGUGAGAAUGCCCCUUCCUCCCCCUCCCCCCUACAGAUUGCACAUCUACACACAACACACACACACACACUCUACAUACACUAACACAACACACUCUACAUACACUAACACAACACACACUCCGCAUCCGCUACACACUUACACACACUCUGCAUCCGCUACACACACCAUUCAUUACACUGACACACUCUGCAUUCAUUACACACUAACACACACUCUACAUUUACUAUACUGACACACACUCUGCAUUAACUGUACACACAGCAUCCACUACACAAACAUCCUGUAUUCACAGUACACACACACUACAUCCACCACAAAUUUAACCAGACCUUGUGCUUUGUCAGGGGCCCCAAAAUUUCUGAUGGCGGCCCUGUGAAUACUACACUAUAUUUGUGAGGGCUGGGGUGAGUGUUUCAAUACAUGCGGAUAUAAGAUGAGUUGGAGCAGAGUCUAAGUCACAUGUAGUGGGGGCAACAUUUGCAUGGUUUGUACAUAUGUAUUAGCUUGGAGAUUACUUCUUCCACUGACUUGUUAAUUCUAAUAUACUAUAAAUUAAUAUAUUCUGCAAAGCAUGUUUUAUUGACUGUUCCGAGUUCCAGAGAGCCUCCAAUGUGCGAGGAUAGUAAGUACAACCCAGUAGAUAUUCUGCUUUUGUGAACAAUUGCCUGGUUCCUGAUAUAUAAAUAUCAUGUGCGCAUUCAGAUGCUGAUGAAUGGGGAACUGUUAAAAAUAACACGGGGACACAGUUUUUGGAUGCUGGCUUGGAGAGUCAUUAUCAAACAAUCAUUUCUUAGAUUAUUACGAAAAUACAAACUUCACGCAACAACUUUUAUUAAGCAAUAUUUUUCUUAAGAAAUAUCAUACCUCCUCUCGGCCUGCGCAGCUCCAGCCUCGCCGUCCGUCCUGUCCCUCCACUGUGUGCAGGCGGCCGGCAUGAGCACGAGAACACUAUUACAAGCUAGGGGGCAUGUGUCUUACUUGUCUCCAGCUUAUUAAAGGAGAAGUACCAUUUUUUCCAAUUGAACUAGCACUCUAUUUAUAUCUAUUUAAUUACUGCCCUAUUAGGUUCCGUAGCCUAUCAGCUCUCGCUUAGCCCUAAUUAUACCUUCCUCUUUCAUCACUUCCUUGUCCUGUUGUGGUCUUUUGUAGCCCAAGAGUGCAUUUCAUUGGUUUGUCUUUUCUGGUAUCUGACUUCGGCCUGUUUCCUGGUUUUCCGUCCUUCUGGCAUUCUUGAUCCUUGGCUUUAUUCUUAGUUUUUUCUUCCGUCUUCAAUCCUGGCCUUGGCUCGUCUGACCAUUAUGUUCUCAUCUCUGUACUUUCACACGUCAAAUCCGGCCCUUCCAAGUACCGGUAAUACGUCUGGCUUUGUGUAUCUAUUGAGCCCCUUAGUUUGCGUAUUGGGGAGAUUAACCUUGACAAUAAAUACAUCUUGCCUUGGUAGUAGUAACAGCUUUUGCUUUUGUUGCUUCUACUUAAACUUGUCUAUAAUCAUUACUUUCAGAUACAAGAUCUUGUUUGAAGAAUAUAAAGAGCAAAAUAAGGACGACUCGAAUUUCCGGUCUAUAAUCAUAGCCAAUAUAAAUUGCUGCUGGAAUUUCAGGUAAGGAUGUGAAAUGGCUUAGUGUAUCGUAAUGUAAACCCUGGUAACAUAGAAACAUAGAAUGUGACGGCAGAUAAGAACCAUUCGGCCCAUCUAGUCUGCCCAAUUUUCUAAAAACUUUCAUUAGUCCCUAGCCUUAUCUUAUAGUUAGGAUAGCCUUAUGCCUAUCCCACGCAUGCUUAAACUCCUUUACUGUGUUAACCUCUACCACUUCAGCUGGAAGGCUAUUCCAUGCAUCCACUACCCUCUCAGUAAAGUAAUACUUCCUGAUAUUAUUUUUAAACCUUUGUCCCUCUAAUUUAAGACUAUGUCCUCUUGUUGUGGUAGUUUUUCUUCUUUUAAAUAUAGUCUCCUCCUUUACUGUGUUGAUUCCCUUUAUAUAUUUAAAUGUUUUCUGUACAAUAUACAUUUCAUGGUUUUCCUAGAUCAAUUUCAAAAAGUGGAUUAAUAGGAAUAUUUUCUUUAGGUCUGAUGUAGGUAUAUGUAUUAUCCAAUUGUCCAAGUAGCAUAUUUGUGGCUGCUAACCCGGGAAAUAGGUGGCAUAGGAAGAUAGGAAAUGUCCGAGCUGGUCUAAAUCUAUAUAGGUCUGCUAUAUAGACUUUUUAAUGUAAAAAUAUCUCCUUAUGACCACUCUGCUUAUUUGCAUACCUUCAAUGCCUUUAUUCUUGGGGGGAAAUAGAGUUUGCAUGGAUUGCGUGACAUUGCUAUCGAGGGGGGGGGGGAUCUGAUUUAUUCUGAAUAAAAGGCUUGUAUUGUGACCUUGCCAGACUCAUAAUGUUUCUUAUAUAUUGUAAUACUACCGUCUGUGGAAUUGAUUGAAUCCAGGAAAUCUGGCAUGGACUUUUAACUUGAUAAACAACGAAUGCAAGUUCUGUAAAACUCCAAGAAUAAUGUAAUGUAAUGUGAUAGAAAAGAGGAUGCGCUAAAGAGAGCACGGGGGAAUAGGAGGGGGAAGAAAGUCGAGAUACACAUUACUGUAAAUGGGAGGAGAUGAUGGAGGGUGUGUGAUUUAUUUUAAACAUUUACAUUACAUUAAGCACUAAAAAUUUACAUUACAGUUACAUUAAAAUCCAUCUGGCUUCUAGAUGCAACUUAAAUAAAGAUGUUAAAAUAGGAUGAAGGAAGAUAAUUCAGUUUGUGCCUUUGAUUGUUAACCCUGACAGUUUAGAGGUUUGGGAACAUUACCCAUGAUGCUGUUAGCUUUGGAAGGGCCCAAAACAAUAUUUAUGAGCAUUUAAGAAAGAAAUAAGAUACUCAUAAAUACUGCAUUAACAGUUCACUGAAAUUCCAAACCUGUCAAAAGAUAUCAAAGGAACCAAGUAGGGACUGCUUUCUCUUAUGGUAAACUUAAUGUAAUAAACCUUGACAAAGAACUGAGCUAUAAUAUUUAUGGAAGCUCCUGAGGUCCCGUAGGAUCCUUCAAAGAUAUCGGUGUUUUCUCUCGCGCCACUAGCGGAUCCAGAGCCUUAUCUCGGGAGGGACACUCAUAGAUUAUUUAAAGAAACAAUCCAGGCACAAUAACCACUACAGCUCUCUGUAUUGGUUAUGGUGCCAGGAGUGCCGUGGCGCCCUCCUAGAGUAAAUAGUCUAACUGUUUAAGAACAGUUUGACAAUUUACCUGGGGUCUGCCAGGAUAGGGGCUGUAGUAGGGGAUAGGUCUUCUAGUAAUGUGUGUAUGUAGGCAGUGUGUGGGUGUGUGUGUGUAUGGGAGGCACUGUGUGUGUGACGGAUGCAGGGUGGGUAUGGGAGGCAGUGUGUGUGAGUGGUACAGAGUGUGUGUGUGUGUGUGUGUGUGUGUUUGUGUGUGUGAGAGAGAGAGUGUGUAUGGGAGGCAGUGCAUGUGGGACAGUAUAUGUAUGGAGGUGCAGUAGGUGCGCUGUGUAGGAGGGGUGUAGUGUGUGCAUGAGUGUGCAGUGUGUAUAUGUGAGGUGCAAUGGGAGCACUGUGCGUGUAUGAGGGUGUAGUGGGGGCAGUGUGUGUAUGGGAGUGCAGUGUUUGUGUGGGGGAGCACUGUGUGUAUGGGGGUGUGUGGGUGCAGUGUUUGUGUGGGGAUGCAAUGUUUAUGUGGAGGAGCACUGUGUGUAUGGGGGUGCAGUGUGUGUAUGGAGUAGCACUGUGUGUAAGGGGGAGAAGUGUGUGUGUGUGUGGGUGCAGUGUGUAUGGGGGAGAGGUGUGUGUGGUGGGGCAGUGUGUAUAUGGGGGGCUGUGAGGGGAAUGUGUGGAGUUGAAGGUGGGGGCAGAGUAAUUUUUUAAUAUUCUUUAUAUCCCCCCUCCCUUCUUACCUUUUCCUGGGAGGGGGGGAUAUUGUUGCCAAUCACUGGUGGUCCUCAUGGUGAAUCCCUGGCGGUUCUAGUGGGGAGUCAACUCUAGCCUGCAGCUCUUUGGCUAGAGUUCACUCUCACGAUAACCGAGUGUUGCCAUGGUAACCGUGGCACUGCUCUGUGCUCGCGAGAGAAGACCCGGCGGAGCUGCAGGCUGAGCUCCCGGGUCUUCUCUCCUUCCUUUCUGCGUGCCGGCUCCCCAGCAAUGUGCCUGCGGACUGGUGAGGGAUAUCUCUGAUCUCCCCUCCAGUCCGUGAAGGCACCUAGCAGGGACGGCGCUUGGAUAGCACCGGCCCUGCAGGAGAAAGCAUCGGCUCUCGUGUGGGUGACAAUUGCCCCGUUGCUCCUCCCCCGGAUCUGCCACUGUCUCGCGCAUUCUCCUAGUGGGUGAAACGCCUGGAGCUGACGAAGAACUGAGCUAUAAUAUUUAUGGAAGCUCCUGCGGUCCUGUAGGAUCCUCCAUAGAGAUCAGUGUUUACUCUCGCCCAUGCUCCUAGUGGAUGAAGCGCCAGGAGCUGCCGAACUAAGAUAAUGGUGUCUCCAGGUGACAGCUACUGGUAAGUAUAACUUACCUUUGCUGGCCCCUAGGCUACAGCAUCCAAUUCGAUGUCAUCACAGCUUUUACAAAAUUAGCAAAGGCGACCAAGCUGCUUUAAAUAUAACUGUACUGCAGGUCUCAAAAUUAUGCGGUGCCAAGUUUAGCAUUUACUUGUUUAAGUCGUGGAGAAAUUCUGUGUUUAUAAAAAAGGUUUUAUCCAUGGAGUUUGUUCUAAACCAGAUGAGUUUUAAGAUUAGAUCACAAUGUGCACAGCAUGAUCUUGGAGGCAGCCAGCUCAAGGUGGUCAAGAUGAAGUAGUUUAAUUUGAAUACCAAAUGGUUGGGGAGACAAUGAAUUUAGAAAGAAUAAAUUGAGACAUUACUUUGCUGAUCACCAUAGGAACUGCAGUAACAGAAAGGACCCUUAUUGUUGGGAACCGGGGCAUGUGAAUAACGCUUGGCUAGAACACAGACACUUCAGGAAUAACAAAAACACUCAGUAUAAAUUACUCUGUAUUGUAUAUAUAAAUAACUAACUAUUUAAGUGCCAGAUGACAUUAUAGGAUUGCCACACAAUGUUUUCAUCUUAAAGAGCAGGGAUGUAACUUUGAAGUUUGCAUGCUGAUCACGGAACAUCUCUACAGAUUUAAUGAAUUACACUAAAAUACCUUAAAUUAAAGCAAUGCUAACUUUUUUUUCUAAUAAACAGAAUUUUUCCAAAUUGGCUUAAAAUGUGAAAUAUCCAGCAAUUCACCCUUUAGAAACUAACCGUGUAAAUGUAAUAUAUGAAGAAUAUUGGGGUCUAUAUUCAUUUUUGAUAUUUCUGCAUUGUUCGUAAUAUUGCACUCAUAUAUUGUUUGCUUGUGUUUUAGAGACUUUAUCGAACACAGAGACACAUUGUUACAACCUACAUCUAAGGAAAUUAUAAAUGGGAUUUUGACUGAGCUUCAGAUGCUUGGUUUAGACACCCUUCACCAGGAUUUAUUUAUUGAUCUGAAGGUAUUAACCCCCCCCCCAACACAAUUUUUAUUUGCAUCUUUAAAGUUCGCUUUCUCGCUGAUAGGUUUGUAACUUUUUUAAUUCUGGUGGGGUAGCAGCAAAACACUGGGUAAAUUCAUGGAUAGGUAUUUUUUUUUUGUAAUCAGAAACCAGUGUUAUAUUAAUCAGCUUGGGGUGGAAACCUUCCUACAUGGGAGUGGGUAACUGGUAUAAAGGGGAGGGGUAAGUGAUGCGACCGGUGUCACUAGCACUGACCAAAAUGGGCGGGCCCUCCAAAAAGUUGCAGGUCAUUGCAGCAUUAAUGCAUGCCAAGCUGGCUGCUAAUCACAUUUUAGAGAAUAACCCUGUAUGUUAAGUGAUAAACAACCAAUGAUAUGGUAUAGUAAAGGGACACUGAGACCACUUCAGCUCAUUAAAAUGGUCUGGGUGCAGUGUGCCAGGUCAGGUAUUCUGCAAGGGUUAACUCCACCUCUAGGGACUUCUGUGUCGUUAGGGGACUUUUCAUCCAGCGUCACCAAAACCUCCAUAAAAAACAUUAUACAUGCUUUCUUAUGGGGGAAUCCAUAAUGCGAGAUCAUGCGUAUUAGGUCUCCCCCACUGGCUGACAUCACUGGGAGGAGGAGUUAAUGCAGAUGAGGUGGGAACAGCUGGGGAAAGCAUUGUGUUCAGGUAGGGUGGGAGUUUCCCAGAAAAGCUCUUAAACACAAGGCUGGAAAGAUGAAGGGUGCGUCUGGAUUCCAGCGACAGCCAGUUUAGUUCUUUUAGCAUGUCACAAUGGUGAGUCCUGUAAUUACAUUGUAUAACUCGUUCUGCAGAUUUGUGCUACAAUGUGUUGAGUUUAUUAAUGUGGGAUUGCGAUGCAGGUGCAUAUACUACAUCCCCAUAAUCAAUGAUUGGCAUCAGCAUUUGCUGUACAAUCUUUUCCUUUACUCUACGGCUUAGGCAGGAUUUGUUGUUUCUGUACACGGCACCUAGUUUUGGAUAAAGUUUAGAUGCAAGCUUUUCUAUGUGGAGGCCAAAAGAUAGAUUGGGGUCUAACAUCAUACCCAAGUAUUUGAAAGAGUGGACUGCGGUCAGUGUGCCAUUUGAAUUAGUUUUGGAUAGGUGGGAAUUGUGUAAUUUGUGUAAUUUAGGUACGGUUCCAAAGAUCUUUGUGACAGUUUUGUCAGUGUUCAGGAAGAGUUUGUUUUUUGCGAUCCACUUUUCUACUUCUGUAAUCGGGUCUUUUAGCACAGCCUCAAGCUGCGGUAGAUUGGAUUUGCUCGCAUAGAAUACCGUGUCAUCUGCGUACAUGUGAGGAUUUGCAGACAUUAGGCAGAUCAUUUAUAAAUAAUGUAAAUAGUAGGGGGCCAAGAAUGGAACCUUGGGGAACACCACACGUGACUGGGAGGGAGUCGCUGUCAGAAAUGGACACAUAUUGCGAGCGAUCCGAUACAUACAAAUACAAAUACGCACUCAUACAUAUAUACACAAUAAAGGUUGAGUGCACUGUUCUUGUGAGCUUACAGUCAUGUACAGCAAUGGCCAAAAGAGACUCCAAGCUGUUUUGGCAUUCCAAGUCCUAUGAUGCCUGGUCAAUAUUAAGGCUGACAAAGCAUCAUGGGAGCUGUAGUUCAUCUGGUGGAUCUGCCUUUUGGUUAUUUCAUGGCUAGUGGGUGUAGAGAACAGAAAAUAACUAGACUUUUAUAUUUAGGUUCAUUUCAAAAUGCUUACUCGAGAAAGUGGCCUGCACAGUCACCAAACUAUGCUGGAGAUCAUCAGGAUAGUCGAAAACCACAUUCUAUCUUUCAGGAGGCUUGUUCCUUCUUGUUAUACGGUGAGUGCCAGAUGCCAUGUUUAAAAAAUAAUAAUAAUAAUAAUAAUAAUAAUAAUAAAUACCUAAAUGGCCAGGGGAUUCUUUUAAAUGUACAAUGAUGAUGAUGAUGCAUAACUUUGUUACCUAUUUUUUCUUUGAUGCAAAGUCUUCAGUUGACAAAUCCACUAAAAAUCUAUCAUUCAUAAUUUGUUGUACCUUGUGAAUGUUUAGACUAAAGCACUAAUCAAAACCAUAUUUAAGUGGGAAAUAUUCAAUGACUUGUAUUGGGACCACGACUUCUCUGGAAACAACAUCAUGGCAUAAAGCAUUUAAAAUCACUUAGAACUAACUUAACCUUUUUUUUUUUCUUGGAUGAUUUUUUAAAAAAUUUUUUAAUGCAUAUUAACGAUUUAGCAAUUGACAUCCCAGUGUAGUUAAGUCCAGGCACAGUCAAGGCACACAUUGCAUUAAAGGACAUAAGACAAACAUUGUAUCUUGUAUCAUUUUCUCUUAGCCGACCGACGGAUACAACGGGCAGAGGUUAUAAAAGUGAUUGGUACAGAGCCAAGACGGAGGUCCUCCGUUCCAGCAAUGCAGAUUUACUCAUUUAAAGAAACACUGUAGGCACCAUAAUCAAUUUAAUGGUACGAAGUGCUUAUGAAACAGGGAGCACAUGGGCGCCGGGUUCCAAAUCAUUACAAAAUUAUGUUUUUGUAAUUUAAUAGAGUCCCUGUCCCAUGUAGCCUCAUCUGCCAGAGACAAGGACUCUAGGGAGCCUAGUCUGGCCUUUAGUGACACUAUUACAGAGGUAGGACUCUGAUUCAGAGGUAGGACUCUGAUCCAGCGUUGCGGAAGUGCCUCUAGCGGCUGUCAGCAAGACCCAGUGCCCAUGGACUCCAGGCACCAUAACCACUUAACUCUGUUGGAGAAGUUAGGUUGUCUACAGUGUCCCUUUAAUUAUAUCUCUCAGAUAUUUGUUAAAUAUGGUGGGCGAAUACCACAUUAGAAACUCAAGGUCGUAAUAGUUCCAUUUUAAAUCUCUUCUUGAUUCUGCCAUACAUUUUUCUAAUAAGCAAAAAUAAAUAUUUUUUAAAUUUAAUUUUGUAUUUUUAGGAAGUGAUCGAUAAGAUUCAUCUUAACCUGGUUAAAGAAUAUGUCACCAGACUCCUGAAGAAAAAAAUCAGCAUAAGAGACCCAGAGAUGCUUAAAAUUCUAUCAAGUGAAAUAAAAAGCAAUGCAGAUCUCAUACAGGACUUCUUCUCCUUACAUGUAGGUGCUGAUAUUUCAUCUGUAUUGUAGAAAUGCUAAACCACUAUUCAAAUCUCUUUAGUUUUGCUUACCAGAAUAUUUUUCUUUCUGCUUUCUGCAGAAUAACUCCACCCCUUUAGCCACGCCUCCCCUUUUCACAAAAAAUCUUCCUGAUUGUAAAGAAACCAGUGUCCAGUGUCCAGCCAAUGAGAGAUCAGUAUAAGUUGCUGACUUGAGUCUGCCCUCACAGCCAAUCACUGCACUGGGUGUAUGCUGCAAAACUUUUUUUUUUUUUUUUUUUAAAUCAAAAGUAAGAGGAGAUUUGAAUUUGAUACAGCAUGAAUAUUAAACCAUUAUGUUGUGAUUGUACCUGCAGUAUGACUGGAGUGUUGUGUCCUAGAUACACAUAUGUCCAUUUCAUGAUGCUUCAUCUUAGACCAGGGAUAGGCAACGUUCGGCACUCCAGUGCCAGUGGCUGUAAGAGCAUUAAGGGUAAUGUAGUCUACAUCAUGUGGAGUGCCAAAGGUUGCCUACCCUUGUUUUAGACAAUGGACUACUGGAAAUUGUCUACUUGCAGUAACCUUCAUUGUAAAAGAAGCUGAAGGUCGCUGAACUGGAACCAUAGCUAAGUGAGAAUUUUUCCAUUUUGACUAAAAUGUGAAUUUCACUUUAAAUUCUCACUUUAGGUGAUUAACCUGUAGGUUUCAAAAGCCACUUGCAUUUUGGAUGAUCUCCCCCUUUUUUUCCCCUUCUCCAGCAGAAAUAAAGAAUAGAAAAAUAUCACUACGCAACCAGAGACUUUGGCAGGUUCCAAAAAUAUCAGGUGCUCGAGCCCAAAGCAAACGAGAGAGAGGCACAUACUUUGCACUCGGCCAGGGAAUACUGUUUGUCCUAUGAACUUCCUAAUACUAACAGCAUGAUUUAUUAAUAGUAAUUCAAUGUUAAAUUACUAAUUUAAGUAGCUGAAUUGGAAAAUGAUAUAACUCAGCUCUUCAGUUCCGCUACUCUGGCCUUAAAAUUAUUUCACCUUGCAUUCUCAGUUUUGUAAAUAACCUGAAUAACAAUAUGCACUUUGUAUCUGUAAGUAUUACAGAGUAAUAACAGAAUAAACCUCACAGUAAUGGAUUGUGCUGUGCCAGUGUAUCACAGAGCUCCACGUAAUAAAACAUACGGUGAUAUGCCGUGUGCAAGGUGUGUGUGUGUGUGUAUAUAAUUACAGAGCUCCACGUAAUAAAACAUAUGGUGAUAUGCAGUGUGCAAGGUGUGUGUGUAUAAUCACAGAGCUCCACGUAAUAAUAAAACGUAUGGUGAUAUGCUGUGUGCAAGGUGUGUGUGUAUAAUCACAGAGCUCCACGUAAUAAUAAAACGUAUGGUGAUAUGCUGUGUGCAAGGUGUGUGUGUAUCACAGAGCUCCACUUAAUAAAACUUAUGGUGAUAUGCAGUGUGCAAGGUGUGUGUGUGUGUGUGUGUGUGUAUUACAGAGCUCCACUUAAUAAAACCUAUGGUGAUAUGCAGUGUGCAAAGUGUGUGUGUUACAGAGCUCCACGUAAUAAAACAUAUGGUGAUAUGCAAUGUGCAAGGUGUGUGUGUAUAUUACAGAGCUCCACACUGCCAGAUUUAUGUCUAAUGUAAUAGAGCCGACUGCACAAACUCUCCCUACCUUUGGCGGCCUUUCUCGGCUUCCUUGGAAUCGUGCAUUCACUGUCCUUCUCUGCAUAGGAGUAAACUCUCUCAGCUCCAGCUUCCCCACCAUGCGGAGCACUGAGAGAAGGGAGAGUGUGAUGUCACGUCCUGUUCCUAUCUCCCUGAUUAACCCUCACAAGUCUGCGAUAUAUAUAAAGAGAGAGAGAGAGAGAUAUGUUAUAUUCCUGCUGCUAUAGAGACAGGGCUCUAGAUGUGGGGCUGACAAUCUAAUGGGUGUGAUAUACCUCAGCCCCCUAGAAAUGUUUGCUUCCCAGAAAGCUGUGUCAAGGCUAUCUACAUUGUCCUUUUAAAUGUAGCUCUUCCCUUUACAUGUCUAUAAGCUGAUGCUAGCAUACCUCCAAACAUUGAGAGGUAUGAAAUUGGGACAGGGAGUAGAUAGUCCUAAAAAGGAGUUCCACACACUCCACUUGUGUUACUGGCAUCUCCCAAAAUGGGUGGUCACAGUGAACACGCCGCACUACAUGUUUUAGCAAAUAACUUAAAGAGAUACCACUCACUUCCCCAAAAAAUAAAUCACUGUUUAGUAGAUAUGCCUUAAAUGAAACCAUGCAUUUAAUUAUGCAUUCUUUUUAAUUGGAAGCAUAUCUAAAAACAACUUGCAUAACAGAUCUCCAGGGCCGGACUGGCCCACCGGGAUACUGGGAAAUUUCCCUGUGGGCCGGCACACUAUGGCGUCGGUGUGCGGCCACCUAGCAUGCACCAGCCCGGGCCACAAUGAGAGGGUAACCGGAAGGAGGGGAUGCGCUGCCCUCCUGCCGGUCACAGAAUGGAGCGUGGCCGAGCAGACAGACCGCGGUAGGGGCGCUUCUGUUCCCCUACCCGGUCUGACAGGAAGCAGGAAGCGAGAACGCUCCUCCCGCGAGCAGGCAGGUUGGAGUUUUGCUGUGUGUUACCAUGGCAAAGUUCCAACCUGCCUGCUGUUCUCGUGGGAGGAGAGAGAAGUCAGCCUGCGGCCAGAGGAGCUGCAGGCUGAACAGCACGUGCCACCACUGGACCACCAGGGAUUGAAGAGUAGUCGUUCCCCCUCUCCCUUGACCAAAGGGGGUAGGGGGAAAAUAUAAAGCUUUAUUUUUUUUUUUUUUAUAUAUAAAUCCUAUAACUCCCCCCCCCAAUACACACACUAGACCCCCUCUCCCCACACACUCAGCACCCCUCCACACACACAGAACCCCUCCACACACACAGCACCCCUCACUGCAGUCUGUGUGCGUGUUCAGCCAUCUGUGUGCGCAUUCAGGAGUCUGUGUGCAUGUUCAGCCGUCUGUGUGUUUAUUCAGCCGUCUGUGUGCGUAUUCAGCAGUCUCUAUAUGUGUGUAUUCAGCAGCCUGUGUGUGUGUGUGUGUAUUCACCAGUCUGUGUGCAUGUUCAGCAGCCUGUGUAUAUAUACAGCAGUCUCUAUAUAUGUGUAUUUAGCAGUCUGUACGUGUGUAUUCAGCAGCCUGUGUAUAUAUACAGCAGUCUCUAUAUAUGUGUAUUUAGCAGUCUGUAUGUGUGUGUAUUCAGCAGCCUGUGUAUAUAUACAGCAGUCUCUAUAUAUGUGUAUUCAGCAGUCUGUGUGUGUUUUUUGUGGUUUGUGUGUAUUCAGCAGUGUGUGUGUGUGUGUGUGUGUGUAUUCAGCAGUCUGUCUGUGUGUGUAAGUAUUGUAUUUGUUGGAGGUACCAAUAAAUAUAAGCCUCAUUUUAUUCAUAAUUUAUAUUUUUAUUCCUUUGAGUGGUUGCGUAGUCAGGGCCCCAGUGCAUUGAUUUGCCCAGUGGGCUAUUAUGCUGUUACGAUGGCCGUGGUCUAGGGUAUGUGUGUGCUCUGAUGAUCAUGCUCCUACAAAAUGUAAAUGAAAAGACGAAUUUGAGUACCAGGAAGGGGAUGAGCUGUAAUAGCACUUUCUGGCCAAGAAGAGGUUAAAGACUUCUACUGCGUAUGUAUUUCUCUGUUUUGUUUUUCUUUUAGGGAUUUUUGUAUCGCUAAAGGGUGUCCCAUUUUUCCCCCUCAAAAUCUGGUCACCCUAGACACAUGGAAGGUUGGGAGGGGGCAUAGGGACACAUGGAGGGCUGGGAGAGCUAUAGGGACACAUGGAGGGCUGGGAGAGCUAUAGGGACACAUGGAGGGCUGGGAGAGCUAUAGGGACACAUGGAGGACUGGGAGAGAGGGCUAAUGGGACACAUGAAGGGCUGGGGGGCUACUGAGACACAUGGAGGGGUUGGGGAGAAAAAAGACACAUGAAGGUGUGUGGGGAGAAAGAGACAGACGGGUUGGGAAAGGGGAACAGGAGACACACAGAGGAGCUGAGGAAGACGAACAAGAGACACACAGAGGGAGUGGGCAAAGGAGAGAAUGAGACACACAGAGGAGCUGUGGGGAAAGAUACACAUAGAGGUGCUGGGGCUGGGGAAAGAGACAAAGGGGCUGGGACUGAGAGGCACGUGAAAGGGGAUUGGGGGAGAAAGACAAACAAACUUCAGUUGUGUCUCCUGCUCUCCCUGUAACUCCCUGUAGUUGGCUGGUGAAAGAAAGACGUGAUAUUAAAGGGACACUAUAGUCACCAGAACUACUACAGUUGAUUGUAGUGGUUCUGGUGUCUAUAGCCUGUCCCUGUAGGCUGAGCACUGUAAAUGCUACCUUUUCAGAGAAAGGGCAGUGUUUACAUUGCUGCCUAGGCACAUCUCUAGUGACAGUCACUCAGACGGCCACUAGAGAUGCUUCCUAGUCCAGUGCUGCACAGUGUGCAGCACCUAUGUUGAGCAUCUCCACGCACUGCGUGGACGCUCCCCAUAAAGAUGCUUUGAUGCAAUGCAUCUCUAUGAGAAGAUGCCGAUUGGUGCGGUGAAGCACAGCAUAUUGCCAAACAUGUUCAAUAGCCCCCCAAUGCUUUCCUAUGCGAAUUUAAUUGGCGUUGACUGAAACCAUCCAGUUGUCAACCAAAGUGAAGAGUACACUCUUAUUAUUUAAAACAAAAAAGCAAGAUAAUUUUUUUUUACUGCAGUGCAUUAGCAUACAUUCACCAUUUCAGUCCGAUUACCAAACAUUUCUUAAUAUAUAAAGGUAGUUGGACUGAAACAUUGGUUAUAUGCAAAUGCACGUCUGCGUCUGCUUACAAUAAAUCUGCUCUGCCUUAUUUUGAAGCCCUAUGAGGACUUUCUUUCAUGUUUGAGUGAUAGUUUUAAGGUUUUUUCCCGCUUCCAUAUCUGCACACUAUGCUGGUGCGAUGCAUUAUGGGGCUGGUAUAGAAUUUGUUUCCAGGGCUGCUUUUCAUUCCCAGUCCAGCCCUGCAUUUCUCUUGUCUGCUGCCUUUGCAAACCCUCCCCUUCUUACUCCACCCAGACUUUCUGUGGCUAUCCAACCAGAGACUUCCCAAUGCAGCUCAAUGAGAAGUCUUUGCAUGGCAGGUGCUCUGUGCAAUUUCUGCCUCUUGCAUACCUCCCAACUCUGCCGUCCAGAGAAUCGUCAGGGAGGUAAAAGGGACAGACCAGUGAUGCAUAGAGCAUGCCAGGUUAACUGUAAAUCAUUAAAGCCAGCCCCCCUGAGGUAGUCCCUGCAGGGUCCACAGAGCUUGCACGUCUAAUGAUGUUAUCGAUCUAUGCUUGUUGGGGACAGAUCCCUGGUAACCCUAAAUCAUACAGUUGGACAGAACCUGAAUAUCAGGACUGCCCUGAAGAACUCAGGACAAUUGAGAGGCAUGCUCUUGAGUUUAGCUCCACAUAGCUAAACAACCAGGAAGGAACAGGACCUGCUUUCUGACUGACAGCCAUGACGAUGUAACAAGGUUCAUUUAUAAAAGUGUCAAUUUCUUUUGAAACCUGCACAUUUUGAAAAAUGAAAAAGAGCACCCACUCUUCAUGCAUAAUGCACUUGAGCAAGCUAAAGUGCUUUAGUUAUGGAGAGUUCCUAUAAAAGUUUGCACAAGUCCGCUAAACAGUGCAAAUCCCAAUAUAUAUCAGUAAAACCGUUUCUGUCAGCCUUACAAAAUGUGCUUGUCCUCGCCCACAUAGCCCUGGAAUUUGCAAAUGUUACAUAUAGACCUCUGUUUUCUUUAGCAUAUCCACCCCUUAAACAAACAUCUGCCCAAAUUCACAGACAUCACAUUUCAUCCUGUUCUCACCACAAUUUUUGUGAUAAAUGAGGAAAAAUAUACAUUUCGCUUUGGCUGCACAGAAAGUGAUUUUAUUUCUUAAGGAAUUUUGAAAUCUAGUGACAUUCAAUCUGAUAUUUUGUGUCAGAGUAUUAGUUCUGCGUCUUAACAAUAUUUUUCUGGUUUUAUCAAAGGAAUCCCAAGCCGUCUGGCUAAAUGCUAUGAUCCCCCGGCUGGCUGAAAUCAUCAAACUCCAAGACGUCGGUUCUAUUCAGAUAGAAGUAGCCGCUCUCGCUAACAAUUACCCCGAUAUUGGGUAAGACUAUCGAAAUACUUAGUAAUUCUGAUAAUAUUAUAAGAUAGCAAAAACUACGAGCUACUCACAGGGCUAUUGAGACGCAUUAGGUAUUAUAAAUGCAAUAAUACAACUCUCAGCAUCUUAAAGGGACACUGUAUAUUCCUCAUCUAAUUAAUCUGCUUAUAGUGUCUUGAGUCUCAUGUUACCAUCAUUUUAUUCAGCACUAAAUAGUUUUUAAUGGUUUUAUGCUUUAAUACUAAACAAGAGUCCCCAGCAGCCCAUCCCCUCUGUGCUGCUCUAGCAAAUGAGAAAGUAUCAGCCUGAGCAACAGUUGGCAGCUGUAAUUAGCCUAUCGGAAAUCCUAUUGAUGGUAUGAAUGGGUAUUCUACAAGGAAGUGUGUAAUAUCUGCUUUAGUCACACCUCCAUAAGAGGCCGGACUGUGAUUGGCCAGGAAUUCUUAUUUAGUGUUAAACUGCUCUAAAGUGGGGCAGUUGAAGAAGAUUCCAGGCACUAUAAUCAAUUCAAAGAGAUGAAAUGGUUAAGUUACCAGUGGUGAUGGGAGUUUGUAGCUUCCUCCAGGAACUAAUGAAUCUUUACAGAGAUGAUACCGGACAGAAAAAUGUAUAUUUGAAUAUAGAGCAUCACUCUGAAAUACAUUUUUCCCUCUUUUGUUUUAAUGCUCCAAUGUUCUAAAGCCUUCGUUGGUCCUCUGGUGUUUUUGACAUAGAUUUCCAUUUUUUUCAUUAUCUCACAUCACCAUCCCAUCUCUGUAUAUCUCUUUACCCCCUUAAUGUCUCUCUUGAUCUCCAUCAGUGUCUAGUCUUCCUUACAGGAUUGUGCCGUUCCCCAAUCCCUCCGUCCCUCCCCAUUUACCUUGUAAGCCCUUAUGUCUCUCUAGCUUUGCCACCACCUUUGGCUUCUUCGUCCGCGGUUUGUCCUGUUGUUUAGCAGUGAGAUCUAGAAAAUAAAUCUGUGCCACUUUGUGCUCAUUCCAUCUCUGGCAUCUCAGGGUGCAGUGAUGCUUCUUGUAAGAUAGUAUGUCUUCUAUAACCACCAUGACACUAGUGUCAGGAUAAGGUAAAAUGGAAAACUCAAAACCUGAAACGGUAUUAAUAAAGGAAAGGACAGAGGGUAUUACAAGUCAUUGGAGGUGGCCAGGCUUAACACAAAUGCCUAAAAGUAGUUGAGACACAUCUACAAGCAGGAAAAGUAGGGUCAAAGUGAGCCGAGGCAAGGAUUUCAGAAAGGCAAGGCCAGGAGGGCAGAACGAGGAGAAUUCAAUAAUGAGCUAAAUGUAAAAAAAAGAAAAGAAAAGAAUAACAGUGAGCAGUAAACAGUAACACACUCUUGUGCACUCAUCAAAUAUCAAAAAUAGAUUUAAAAACACAAAAGAGUGACCACUUCAAAUUACAGAGAUUGAAUUCCUGCCCUUCAUGCAGUGGGUUUCCCGUGACAGAGGAACAAGUUUUCCUCAAACAUUUUUUAUUAUAUUUCAAGAUGUUUGAUUUUCCAGUCCAUGCGAGUUAUAAACAGAUCACAAGAUGAAGUAUCCUGUUUAGAAAUCACUCAAAGAAUCGGUUAUUUUUUUUGUUAAUCUGGAUUGUAUGUUUAGAGAAGUCACAUUGCUCACACACGUCUUCCGAAUCCUACACCAAAAUCAAGUGUUUAUUUUACUGGGAUAAAACACUUUUAUUCUAAGCAACCUAAAUGGUAUUUGGAUUUGUUCACUUAAUUAAGAAUUGAUGAGAACUAACAGGGUUAUUCGUUAACUUCAGAAUUGUUGAAAAAUGUAAGAAUCAUUCAACGCAUUAUUUUUCCAGCUCAGCAAUUUAAAUAUUCUCUGAUCAGUUCCCGGACUAUCACAGAGGUGAGUGAAUAACCCAAAUUGAUUUGUGUUCUUACGUACAGAGGUCGAUCCACAAAGGGCCAGAUUUAUAAUAAAAAUAAGCCGGUUGAGCAAAGUUGGAAUGAGAUUGUCUCCAGUUGCGUUCAUGAAGCGGAAGCACAAUAUCCACAAAACAUAGAGUAUAAAGUCAGAAAAAUAACAGUGUUUAAUGUCAAAAUGACUAUAUUGUUGAUUCUUUUUUUUAUUGGAAACUGAAAAUAAAUCAAAUUAAUUAAGGAGUUAAAAUACAAUAUGAAUUAUUUUAUUUGCAAGUUGAUAAAAUAUUAAAAAUCAUGUAUACAAGGGAUUGGGAUAUAAAUGCAUGUUAUUGCCGCCUGUGAAUGCACAGUAUUGGUAUUGAAGGGGUUAGAAACAAAUUAAUAAUAUUAAUAGAGCAUACAUGAGAAAAUAAGGGUUUGGCUGCACUCACCUAAACAUGCUAAAUUAGGGUGCUGCUGGGGGCCAAUAAGUACAGUAAGAAUGAAAAUCCAGUGCACUCGCUUAUCUACUAAACAGUCAUUUUAGUGCUGAACAAAUUUUUGGGUUUUAUUAAAAACACCUAAUCUAGGCAAAAAAAUUAAUGGGGGUUUAGUUACAGUAUAUGAUCAUACUAAACCCCCAUUAAUUUUUUUGCCUAGAUUAGGUGUUUUUAAUAAAACCAAAAAAUUGUUCAGCACUAAAAUGACUGUUUAGUAGAUAAGCGAGUGUGCUGGAUUUUCAUUUUUAAUGUACUUAUUGGCCCCCAGCAGCACCCUAAUUUAGCAUGUGUAGGUGAGUGCAGCUAAACCCUUAUUUUCUCAUAUAUGUAUAUAUUUAAGAGUCUAGCCAGCUCCAUGGGUUUUGCACCCCUCCCUGUUACAGGUGCCUCAUCUCAGGAUCCUAUUUAAGCAUUGUACUGCAGAGAACUCGAGAUGGAAGGAUUUCCCCAAGUGAGUAGCUCAUUUACUAGACAGAGUAGGACCGGCCAAAGAUGGGGUACAUUGGCGUUGCGGCAGGCUUAUGCAAUGUAUGAUCAUAUACUGUAACUAAACUCCCAUUAAUGUUUUUGCCUAGAUUAGGUAUUUUUAAUAAAACCAAAAAAUUGUUCAGCACUAAAAUGACUGUUUAGUAGAUAAGCGACUGCGCAGGAUUUUCAAUAUUAAUAGAGUGUCUAACUAUUAAAUCACAUAUGAACAGCUCAAAUCUGGAGAUGAGGACAGGUCCCAAGGAAGUGUGUGGUGGUACAGGGACUUAUCAGGAAAAAGAAGAAAAGAAUUAAGGGAACAAACCAGGACAGGAACAGUCUAGCUUAUAGUCUAGGUACAGAUCCUAAAGUAAGGUGCGCAGGGGAAGAAGCAAAGUCCAAGAGUAGAGCUCAAAGUUAGAAGUCCCGGACAGCAAAUCAGGAAUAUGAAGGGCAAUGACUGGAGAAGGGGGUGCAACAGUGAUACACAAGAUGUAGAAAAACAUUGUGAUUUUGGAGAAAUGACAUCCCAAUAACUGAGCCUUGACUCGGGUGCUCUGGGGAGCAAGUAAGGGGAGCCCCCAGAAGCCAUGACAGCCAGCUUAUUUGGUGUUGAACUCAGUCACAGAAAAAUUAAAAAGGACAUAGUACAAAGCAAAACUAUUUUCUUUCUCUUUAUAUUUUUUUUUAUGUUUUUGAUGUUUUAUUAUGUUUAGAGGGAUUCUUUAAACAUUAUAACCAGUACAGUUCAGUGUAGUGCUUAUGUUGCCGAGAGUUUCUGUGCCCAGUUUAUGUCAAACAGUUUAGAAGUGUGUUUAUAAAAACAAUACAGGAAGGUCCAAGACCAAACCUUCUUCAGAAUCACUGAUGUGUGAAAUUAUCACUUCCUCAAUAUUAGUGUCAAUUUCAUAAACUCUCAGCUUAUCCGACUUGACAUCAAUGAGGCCAAACUGGGGACAGUAACUGGAAUCCGAUGAGAGCCUUGGUAUUGGUCAAAGCGUGCAGCAGCAGUUAUUUGAACACAGUGUCCAUAUAAUGCCAUGAAGAAUUCCUGCUCUCUCAGAGUCAGCUUCAUCCUGGUUAGAUGCAUUGCAUAAAGAGGCCGCUGAUUGCAGAACACAUGAAAUUGUUUAAAACAUUAUACUAAGUUAUACUUUUAUGGUACAUUGAUUGAAAGUAAUGUUUGUUCUUACAGGAAGAAACACAUUAAAGCAAUUCUACAUAUCAAAGGAAAUCUCAGUAGAAGUGAUGUGAAAUCAGUCCUGGGUUUAAUCAAGAGCAUGGAAAGGCAAGACAACUCAACUCCACCCUUCUUCUCAUUAAUUACAACCCCUAAAUGGGUUUUAUGAGGAUCGAUGAUAUAGCACGUCAGUAUCCCUGUGCAAAAUAUUUUGCACGGACACUGGUAUGAGCAUCAAUAUACUGAAGCAUGUUAUCCCAAUAACUGGCCAUUUUAGAUGGACAAUGUAUCAGGAACAUGCUGUGGUCUGGAUUUGGACCCCCGAGUUUGGAAGCUUGACAGUUGCCACUUUGGACUCCAGGAUUUCUUUUAUAACUGUGUUACUGUAUGUGGUUACAAAAUUCUAUUCUUCGGACAUAUAUGCAUACAGUAGUCCUAAUAGUUCCCAGAAUCCUUUCGCACAAUCACUAUACCAUUUUGAAGAUGGUUGUAGACUGUUUCGGAAAAUCCAUGAAUUUGUACAUCCGACAUAUUGAACGCUUUAUGUGUCAAAAUGAGGAGUUGGACAUUAAUGAUAAUUCUCUUUAGGGCAUUGCAGUGUGAUCACACAACACAAAGAGGUUCAGACACAAAUCUGGACUAACCAAGCAGUUAUUUGACGAAAUUAGAUUGGCAAGAACUGAAAAGAGUUGCAGACAAUGAAUGUAAUUUCAUUUAAAUCCACGUUCUAUUUUCUAAUUUCAAUAGCUUGUUAUAUAUAUUUCACCGCUGUUGUUUUUGUUGUAGUUAUUUUUUUUCUAACUUCUUUCUCACUGUCUUUCAUAACCGUCUAUAGCAGUUUAUUUUGUCAUUGCAAGGGUCAUCCUUUAUCUAUUUUAUAUAUAUAUUGUACAGAUUUAUUUUCUUUUACAUUCAUUAACUUUCAUGAAUAAAAGCUAAGUUAUAAUUAGCGAUAAGUUAAAAUAGGACAAUAGUGCCAAUAAUUUUAUAUUUUAUGUUACGGUUUACAGUGCUCUUUACUGUUUUAACCUUAUUAUUUGUCUGAUUGCUUGUAUUGCUUGUUUGUUUUUGAAAUUUUAAAUGACAUUGUGAUCUCUAUGGGAUCUAACCCAAAGUGGUUUACAUUAAAUGCUUGAUUAGACAGGGAUCUAAUUUAUUUAGAUUUAAUGUGUUUAUAUAUUUUGCUGCAAUAAACAGACACAUAAUUAUAGUAUGGAAAAUACAUAUGAC